AAUGCUGUCUUAAGUCUGUGUUAAUCGUUUACCAACACUUCACAACUGCGCAAAUACGCGACAUUUAACAUCUUUUGAAAUUUAAUUUAUCUGUAUACAUUGUGUAAAAUGAAUGCAAUGGAUGCGAACAAUAUGGUAUGUUGUCCUUACAACAAGGCGCAUAAAAUGCUGCGCAAAAAACUGCAACAACACAUACUGAAAUGUCGAGAAAUCUACAAAGACGAAGUGGAACUGCUUGUAUGUCCAUUUAACAAGGCGCAUCUUAUACCUGAGCCAGAUUUUUUACAACACACAAGAUCGUGCAUCGAUCGAAAAAUCAUUGCGCAUUAUCAGCACAAUGCGCCCGCCACCAUAAACGAAGAGACGAAACACGAAAAAAUUGAAACAGAAGAGAACUGGGACGACGAAUAUGUGCCAGACUAUGAUCCACAACAGUAUGUUGUCAACGCAAACAUUGUUCGUGAGCCGAAUGGCAUGUUCCCCUCACAGCGCAAGGCAUUUAUAAAAGAGGAGCGCAAGCGUUUGCUAGGUGAAGACAGCGACGGAGAAACCAGUGGGAGCACGCAAAGAGUAAAAGCGCCAACUAAGACCAAAGCCAACUCCACAGUAACACAGCGUUCGGCGCCCUACAAAUUACCAAAUCGUAAUCGCUGACUUAGAACAAAUUGCAAUUUG